CUCAAACCGAAGGAAACAAAGCGCUUCGCUCACAAAGAUGGAGUUGGAUGCUAUGGAAGAUGUUCGCAACGAUCAUGACGUUCUCUCUGAGUUUGCCAAUGUACUCAAGCUGUACAAGCUGUCGGACAAGAAGGAUGAGUUUGACGAUUUUGACAUUGUGAGACAGUUCAGGUACAUUGCUGCCCAGAAGGCCUCAUCUUCCAUUGAGGAUGGCCGUGACGAAUCUGAGUGUGAGGACUGGGACCUGGAGGUGAGACUGUGGGACCUCAUUGAGAAUCUGCUGAAGUACCGGUACUCGGAGAAGCCCGUUGAGAUUGAAACACAUAAGUAUAACUCGGACGUUGUGUACCAGGAGAAGUACUUCAGAAGUAAGCCUGAGUUGUACGAGCUUUGGCUAAUAAUCCAGUGGGUCCAACGCAACUCCCCAGAAGUUGAGAGACCGCAGCUCACUGGGACCAAGUGGUUCAACUCCCAGAUGUCUAAUACCCUUGAGAGCUACGAUAGUGAUGCUCCUAUUCGCUCUGAUCUGAAACUGGAUCCUAGAGAUGUUGAACAGGAUAACAUCUUUUACAAGUACAUUUUCCAACUCAUUCUAAGCGGACACUAUAAGGAAGCGUCUUUGGAAUGCGAGGCUACAAAUAACUGGACCAUGAAGAUGAUCUUGACCGGUGUGAACAGCUAUUUGGAUCCAAUCAUCGACAAGGACAUCUCUGAUGACACUGAAGAAGCGACACAUGGAAUCAAGAAAAGGGCACUUUGGAGAAGCACAGUGUAUAGGCUUUCAAAGUCUGACAAGAUAAGCACAUAUGAAAGAGCGAUUUAUGGAUUCCUCGCUGGUGAUUUGUCUCCGUUAGAGUCGUCCACUAGUUGGGAUUCUGACCUCUUGAUAUAUUUCAACCAUAUCUUAACAAACGAGGUGGAGCUCGCAUUGGUAAACGAGGGAAGAAUUCCAGAGGAGGACUUACUGGUAUCCUUCCCAAAGAGCAGAAUGACUGUACAGGAUGUGCUGAAUAUCGUGGCAAGCAAGAGAAAAAUCGAAAGUGAACAUCCACUUCGUGUGCUCAUGGCUUCAAUUAUCACAAAGAACAUACCAGCAAUUGUACAUUCCUCUCUGAGCUUUGUUGGAAGCUCGAUGUUAGGAAAAGAGGAUACUGAUGAGCUCCUGAACGAGUCAUAUACCCUAAGAGUCAUCGCACAUUUGGCAAUUUUCCUCUCGAUAAUUGAUCCUAACGCCAUUGCAGUGGACGACCAUUCAAAGCUUAUAACAACUUACAUCUUGAUCUUGAGACUCUACGAGCAAUACAGUUGGAUUCCUCUGUAUGUAUCCUUCUUACCAGAGGUUGAGGCAAGAGACGCCUACUCCUUGUUCCUGAUUGAUCUGUUCGACACACAAGAGAGAAACAACCAAUUAGAACUCAGUAGAUUGUACAGAUUACCAUUGGAGAACAUCUUGAAGAGAACGGUUGCAAGGGUAUUCUCAAUUACUGAAGAUCAUUACCAAGUUGGUGGAGGUGUUUCCCUACAACCCAUUGAUGACGUCGAUACCAAAUUAAUGAGAGGUGUUGAAUGGUUUGUUGAGGCACGUAUGUUUUCAGAUGCCAUUUCCUCAUCACUGACCCUUUACAGAAGAUUCUUGUUGAAUGGACGUACCAAAGCGGCACAGGAAUUUGCAUCAAGAAACUCCAUCAAACAGCUUUUGAAACAGUACGAUGUUGAAAGCCUUGGUUCACUGGUUGAGAAGAAGAUCUCCACGCUUGAAAAGGAGGAACUCUUACAGUAUGGUUCAUUGGUGAGAUCGUUCAAUGCCCUUGAUGAAUGGCAGAAGUCAUCACAACCUCAAACAGUUUCAUCAUUUGUCUUUAUUGAGCUCAUCAACAGAGUCACUACUUCUCUGAAAGACACAAUCUCCACUUUAUUCUUAGAGUUAUCGAAGAGUUCAUAUGAACUUGCCCUGGUUGAAGAACUUCGUUCUCUAUACAUUCCUUUUUUGAUAAUUCAACUGCACAACGUCUACGUUGAGAGCAGAUAUCAAAGCACUUCAUAUCUCAAUGAUGCAUUGGAACUUACAAAUGUUGUUGCAAGUGAAUCUACAAAGUUCUACACGCUUUUCCAGAAUUGUGAUCGUUUGAGAGAAUACCUGGCGUUGGUUGCUAAUUGUGCAGCAAUCGCAGCAGGUGAAGGUUUAUAAUUCCAUUAAUCAACGCCAUUGAAAAGUCUAGUUCAAAGUAGCAGCCUUCUCGUAGAGUAAUUCAACAACGUCG